UUUUUUUUUUUUUGCCUCAAUCCUGGCUCUGUGGUAUAAACGCUUGCGGCCCUUCUGUCACUGCAUUAUAGCGCGUCGAUUCAGAUUUAUGCAUCGUUCCCAUCACAUUCAGCUUCGGUCAUCAGUUCGCGCUGAGUUUUGAAGAUCGUGUGCAUCUUAGCGACAUGUAUUGGCUGCCCGCAGAUAAGAACGGGAAGAUAUCACUCAAUGAACUACAACUAGAUAUCGUUGGUUUCCUUGCCAUCUUGGGCGAGGGUUCCGUGCUCGCCAAUGCUCAGGUUUCGACGCUUUCGAGAUGGAUAUUCCUCCCACGAUUGAUCCCGGCACCUCAAGCCCUGAUGAGGCCGACAAGACCAGUUCAACUAGAGCCAUUCCCGGGUCACGUAACCGGCAUCGUUUCGGGGAAUCACAGGGAUAACAUCAAUCAUAUUGGAAACAUCGUCUGUGACGCCAACAACCUGAAGCCCUUCUCCGUCCGGGUUGUCGAGAUCAAACGCGUCCACGACCGAUCGCUCAAAGCCAAGACCUUUGGCCCACUCACAGUCGUACUUCUCAUCGGAUUCGCCCUCUCUGCUCUCCUCCUUGCGCUGUCGAUAUGGCAAGACGAUGGCAUGUCGGUGGUGGCGACGGUACUCCUCUCGCUUCUUUCCAGUCUGAUUGGAUUGGGCAACAAGUGGGAACUGGAAUUACCUUCGCGGAGGUACAAAAAGGGGCCGGUGCCGCGAGGAGACGUUGUUAUUCGAUAUCCAAAGGGGUCCUUUCUGGUUGUGCGUUGUGAGGAGGACGUGGCGCGAGAGCUCUACUUCGCACCGGAGAACAUCAACUACCUCUUAACGCACGGUCCGGUAUACCGAAUACUGAGUUUGGUGGGCACCAUGAUGCUUAUGGGGGGCGUCAUCUGCCUCGCCAAUGCUCAGAUCCAAGUGCAGAUUGCGUGGGCUGGCUCCUACAUGCUGCUGGGCGCUUCGUACUGGAUCGUCGCUGCCUUGCACAGCAAAUUGCACUGGGAUACCUCGUGUUACAAGGUCGUAAACGAAUGCCUCUCCGACUCCAGCAUGGACAAGAAAGGAUACCCUUCGGAGAACGACACGUUCACUCAAGCUCUGUGGAGGGUUAUUUGUGUCAGCAAAGACAUUGAAUGGAUUAAACGGAGUGAUGCCUGUCCUAAUACUCCCGCCUGGCACGAGUGGCUCCUGGAGGCGAAGGCAUGUAGUGAAGACUUCCGGUUGGUUACCGAUAAGAAGAAGUCGCAGAACAAAACAAUGUGGGAAAUCCCCGAAUGGGACGCACAGGGUGCUCUAGGAAGAGUGCUGGCCGAGCAGGCGAAACAUGAGAAGAAACUCAUCACGGAGAAGGUCGAGUCAGUUUAACCAUUCUCAUUUAGGUUUACGGACGUUCUUUUAGGGGUUUUGCAUAGCGCUGGGACACGACAAACAAGCCAUCAUACAACGAAAAUCCUUCUACGACGAGCAACCACUCGACGACUUACGAUUUAUGACUGAGAACGACGGAUAUACGGCGGAGCCAUUCGCUACCAUCAUCUUGUACCAUCUUACAACACUUGAUGUCUACAUCAAGCUUUCAUUUAUACGUCUCGCAUCGUUAGCGCUUUGAGCGUUCUUGUAUCUAUAGCAUUUUUCGCACAACAAAAGACAAACACACAGCAGUAUUUGU